CUCCCAACACAAAACAAAUCUAACAAAAUCCCUAAAUUUCUCUCUAAUCUUUAUCUAAUCCUCAAUUGCCAUGGCUCGUACCAAGCAAACAGCUCGCAAAUCCACCGGCGGCAAAGCACCAAGGAAACAGCUCGCCACCAAAGCUGCUCGCAAAUCUGCUCCGGCAACCGGAGGAGUCAAGAAACCCCACAGAUUCAGACCAGGAACUGUUGCUUUGAGAGAAAUCAGAAAGUACCAGAAGAGCACGGAGCUUCUUAUCAGGAAGCUUCCGUUCCAGAGACUUGUUAGGGAAAUCGCUCAGGAUUUCAAAACUGAUCUCCGAUUUCAAAGCAGCGCUGUUUCCGCUCUUCAAGAAGCUGCUGAAGCUUAUCUUGUUGGUUUGUUUGAAGAUACUAACCUUUGUGCUAUUCAUGCUAAGAGAGUUACUAUUAUGCCUAAGGAUAUUCAACUUGCAAGAAGAAUCAGAGGCGAGAGGGCUUAGAUUUAGAUUUGGUUAUAAUGUUCUCAGAUCUAUUGGUGUCGAUUGUGUUUCUCAGUUACGGUUAGGUUUAGUUUUCUGUCAAAAAAGUUAGGGUUUGAUGUCUGAUUUUGAUUUUUUUUUUACUAAAUUUUGAUGUUGUUUUUAUAUUCUGUUUUUGAUAUGAUCAUAGAUAUUAGUAUAGUUUAAUUAAAUAAUACUACUAAUAUAGUUAA